CGAGAAUCGCUUCCCGGAAGUUCCACGUCAGUCAGUCGGCUAGUCAGCGGGUCGGUGGGUCUGUCUUGGCCUGAGUUGCUGGUAGCAAACGAGAGCUGUCGGAUCUGGACAGACGGAGUCAUGCCUUUGCGACUUGACAUCAAGAGAAAGCUAACUGCUCGAUCUGAUCGAGUCAAGAGCGUGGAUUUGCAUCCUACAGAGCCAUGGAUGUUGGCAAGUCUUUACAAUGGCAGUGUGUGCGUUUGGAAUCAUGAAACACAGACACUGGUGAAGACAUUUGAAGUGUGUGACCUACCUGUUCGAGCUGCAAAGUUUGUUGCAAGGAAGAAUUGGGUUGUGACAGGAGCAGAUGACAUGCAGAUGAGAGUGUUUAAUUACAAUACCCUGGAGAGGGUUCACAUGUUUGAAGCUCACUCAGACUACAUUCGCUGCAUUGCUGUUCACCCAACCCAGCCUUUCAUCCUAACUAGCAGUGAUGACAUGCUUAUUAAGCUAUGGGACUGGGAUAAAAAAUGGUCUUGCUCACAAGUGUUUGAAGGACACACCCAUUAUGUUAUGCAGAUUGUGAUUAACCCCAAAGAUAACAAUCAGUUUGCCAGUGCUUCUUUGGAUAGGACCAUCAAGGUGUGGCAGCUGGGCUCUUCAUCACCAAAUUUCACUCUGGAGGGACACGAGAAAGGAGUGAAUUGCAUUGAUUACUACAGUGGUGGUGAUAAGCCAUACCUCAUUUCAGGGGCAGAUGACCGGCUUGUUAAAAUAUGGGACUACCAGAAUAAAACAUGUGUGCAGACACUUGAGGGACAUGCCCAAAAUGUGUCUUGUGCCAGUUUUCAUCCCGAGUUGCCAAUCAUCAUCACAGGUUCAGAAGAUGGAACAGUACGUAUUUGGCAUUCAAGCACUUAUCGCCUUGAGAGCACAUUGAAUUAUGGAAUGGAAAGGGUCUGGUGUGUGGCCAGUCUGAGAGGGUCCAACAAUGUCGCUUUGGGGUAUGAUGAAGGGAGCAUCAUUGUGAAGCUUGGUCGGGAGGAACCUGCCAUGUCCAUGGAUGCCAAUGGAAAGAUAAUCUGGGCUAAGCAUUCAGAAGUCCAACAGGCCAACCUGAAAGCAAUGGGAGAUGCUGAAAUUAAAGAUGGAGAAAGACUGCCAUUGGCAGUAAAGGAUAUGGGCAGUUGUGAAAUAUACCCUCAGACUAUUCAGCACAAUCCUAAUGGACGGUUUGUGGUGGUGUGUGGUGAUGGCGAGUAUAUCAUCUACACAGCAAUGGCAUUGAGAAAUAAGAGCUUUGGGUCUGCCCAGGAGUUUGCAUGGGCCCAUGAUUCUUCAGAAUAUGCAAUAAGAGAAAGCAACAGUGUUGUAAAGAUAUUUAAGAACUUUAAAGAAAAGAAAUCAUUUAAACCAGAUUUUGGAGCUGAAAGUAUCUAUGGAGGCUUCUUACUGGGAGUCAGAUCUGUAAAUGGCUUAGCCUUCUACGACUGGGACAAUACAGAACUCAUACGCAGAAUUGAAAUUCAGCCCAAACACAUUUUCUGGUCUGACUCUGGAGAGCUAGUUUGUAUUGCCACUGAGGAAUCAUUUUUUAUCCUUAAGUAUCUGUCGGAAAAAGUCUUGGCUGCACAGGAAACACAUGAAGGAGUUACUGAAGAUGGCAUUGAAGAUGCCUUUGAGGUUCUUGGUGAGAUUCAGGAAAUUGUGAAGACAGGGCUGUGGGUAGGUGAUUGCUUCAUUUACACAAGUUCUGUCAACAGAUUAAAUUAUUAUGUUGGAGGAGAAAUUGUCACCAUUGCUCACUUGGACAGGACAAUGUAUCUCCUGGGCUAUAUUCCUAAAGACAACAGGCUGUAUCUGGGGGAUAAAGAACUGAACAUCGUUAGCUACUCCCUGCUGGUUUCAGUGCUGGAAUACCAGACGGCGGUCAUGCGGAGGGACUUUAGCAUGGCCGAUAAGGUCCUUCCCACCAUUCCAAAAGAACAGAGGACCAGAGUUGCUCACUUUUUGGAAAAGCAAGGUUUCAAGCAGCAAGCGCUUACAGUAUCCACAGAUCCUGAGCAUCGUUUUGAGCUUGCUCUUCAGCUGGGAGAGUUGAAAAUUGCAUACCAAUUGGCAGUGGAAGCAGAGUCAGAGCAGAAGUGGAAACAACUUGCCGAGCUUGCCAUCAGUAAAUGUCAGUUUGGCUUAGCCCAGGAGUGCCUGCACCAUGCCCAGGAUUAUGGGGGUCUGUUGCUUUUGGCCACUGCCUCUGGAAAUGCUAGUAUGGUGAACAAGCUAGCAGAGGGUGCAGAGAGAGAUGGCAAGAAUAAUGUGGCAUUCAUGAGCUACUUCUUACAGGGCAAGCUUGAUGCUUGCCUAGAACUCUUGAUCAGAACUGGACGACUGCCAGAAGCUGCCUUCCUGGCCCGAACUUACCUACCCAGUCAGGUUUCAAGGGUAGUGAAACUUUGGAGAGAGAAUCUCUCAAAAGUCAACCAGAAAGCUGCAGAAUCCCUUGCAGAUCCAACAGAGUAUGAAAACCUCUUCCCUGGAUUAAAAGAAGCCUUUGUGGUUGAAGAAUGGGUGAAGGAAACACAUGCUGAUCUGUGGCCAGCCAAACAAUACCCCCUAGUCACGCCAAAUGAAGAAAGAAAUGUUAUGGAAGAAGCAAAAGGCUUCCAGCCCUCAAGACCUACAGCCCAACAGGAACUUGAUGGGAAGCCUGCCUCUCCCACUCCAAUCAUAGUGGCCUCUCACACAACUAGCAAAGAAGAGAAGAGUUUACUUGAACUGGAAGUAGAUUUGGAUAAUUUGGAAUUAGAAGAUAUUGAUACAACAGACAUCAAUCUUGAUGAAGAUAUUUUGUAUGACUGAACUUCACGUUUCCCAUUUACCCAACUAAAUAGAUCAUUAUUAUGUAUGGGUGUUGAUCUUCACUUUGACCACAGUGCUCUGGACUAAGAAAAACUCAUUAGGUUUUUAUAUGCAGAACCGUGGACCACUGGGAACAGAACAUCCUCGCUGUCUAAAGGAGUUUUAUGCACAACAUUUAAAUCACCAUGUUUUCGUUGGUAACUAAAAUGUAACUAAAAUAGAUAUGGGCUUUGAUUUUUUUUCGUAUUGUCAUUAGACCAUAUCUCCUAAAAUCUUUUGAAUU